AGAGUCGAGCGCUUUGGGGCCAACAAGGUGCUGAUCGAGAAGCCGCGGAUCCCCGUGCUGCUGUUCCGCAAGCUCGUGGCUCCGUUCUACAUCUUCCAGGUCAUCAGCGCCGUCAUUUGGUUCAUUGAAGAGUACACGGUCUACGCGAUCAUCAUCAUCUGCCUGUCCGCGCUCUCCAUCACGAACGAGAUCUACGUCGAAGUGUCCAACAGCAACCGACUGCGGAGUCUCGUGCGUAGCGACCACAGGAUCCCCGUAGUGCGUAGUGGAGUGAGAGCUGAGGUUCAUGAGUCCGAACUCGUCCCUGGCGACAUUGUCGAGGUGAACGAAGGUCCCGUAUGCGCAGACAUCCUCCUCCUCUCAGGCUUGUGCGUGGCUGACGAGGCUUCUCUCACUGGUGAAGCGCUGCCUGUAAACAAGGAACCAGCCGUAGGAACGGGUCUAGUCACGGAAGCUUUGGCUCGAGCGCAGUUCAAGGCCUCGUGUCUCCACGCUGGGUCAAUUAUCACUCGAGUACGAGAAGGAAGUGAUAAGUGUCGGGGUGUAGUUCUGAGUACGGGCUUCUCCACCGGUCGAGGCGAGUUGUUCCGCAGCAUUCUCUUCCCCAAGCCGAUCUCCUUCGAGUUUGAGCGGGACAGCUACCGCUAUCUCGUGGUUCUGUGGUCCAUUGCCAUUGCUGCGUUCAUCAAGCGCGUGGUUGAUGGAGCGGGCACCAACACGCCGUUCUUCGACACGAUGCUGCACUCGCUGGACCUCAUCACGAUCGCCGUGCCCCCCGCGCUGCCGCUCGUUCUCUCCUCUGGUAUCGGGUUCGCCAUGCAAAGGCUGCAGAAGCGCGGCGUUUUCUGCAUCGAUUCGCGUCGAGUGAACUCGUGUGGCCAAGUGACGUGCUACUGCUUCGACAAGACGGGGACGCUGACUCAAGAGCAUUUGAGUUUUGUUGGUGUUGACGACCCCGAAGCCGCUGGGAUACCCACACUUUCUAUUCCUCCCCAAGUUAAACUCGUGAUGGCUACGUGCCACAGCUUGUCCACACACGAAGGCGAGUUGCAAGGUUAUCCGUUAGAGCUCGCCAUGUUCAACGCGUCACACUACAGCAUGGAAUAUCUCAGCGACAAAGGCAAGGGCGGAUUUCUCGUCAUGGUGACGUCCACCGAGGAUGAGUCGAAGAAGUACGGCGUCCUGAAGCGGUUCGCUUUCGACGCUGCACACCAGCGCUCCAGCACUAUCAUCGAAGACGUGGACACCAAGAAGCGCUAUGUGGUCGUGAAGGGGUCACUGGAAGCAGUGAGCGCCAUUUCAGUCGCUACGCCUUCAGAUCUACAGCAAAAAGUGCAUUCAUAUUCAGCCGACGGCUACUACUGCAUCGGAUUCGGCAUGAAGGAGCUACCUUCAAGUAGCUCUACUAUUGACAGCAUCAACCAGGAAGAGGUGGAGUGUAACGUUGAAUUCGAGGGAGUGGCGAUCUUCAAGAACGAGCUGAAACCCGAGACGAAAGGCAUGUUGGAUGAACUAGGGGGGGCGAAGAUUGACGUCCGUAUUAUCACAGGCGACAACGCGCUCACUGCCGUCCACGUUUGUCGAGAGUUGGAGAUGGCUUUGAAGCCCAAGAUCGCGGUGGUGGAUGUGGACGCGACGGUGGGGGGUACAGUCUUCAUGUCAGCGGAUGCGAUCAAGACGUCGACAUCUGCACAAUGGGAGGGCUUCAACACCAGCAACAUCGACGCAGUCAUGGCGGAGUACGACCUCGCCAUCACCGGUGCAGCACUGGAAAAGAUCCGGAACGACUGCGGCGACGACACCAUCCAGCGGAUCAUCAAGCAGACGCCCAUUUUUGCUCGAGUGCGGCCUCAACAGAAGACGUGGAUCGUUGAACAGCUCAUUGAAAUGGGUCUGAUAGUCGGGAUGUGCGGCGACGGCACCAACGACUGUGGCGCGUUGAAGGCUGCGCAUGUGGGGCUUGCGUUGUCGAGUGCGGAGGCGUCGAUUGUCGCGCCGUUCACCAGCAAGGCCAAGGCGAUUCUGGACGUUCCUGUGCUCCUGCGCGAAGGUCGAUGCGCGCUAACCACGUCGUUCCAGAGCUUCAAGUUCAUGUGUCUCUACCCGAUCAUCCAGCUGAGUAUGGUCAUUGUGCUAGCGCACGUGGGCUCUGAAGCGGAUACCGAAGUGCUGCUGACCAACAACCAGUACGUCUGGGACGACAUGGCCAUCGUGCUCGGUCUGUCCAUAGCGAUGCUGUACACCGGACCCACGUACACACUCUCGCCUGAGAAGCCGCCCAACACGCUCUUCUCGUUGAGCAUCGUGGCGUCGAUAGUGGGUCAAGUUGCCAUCUUCAUCGCAGGCUUUGCCGCUGCGUUAGCGGUGCUGCACCACGAGGACAGUUGGUUCUGCUCCGUUAAGGACGCCUUGGCCUACGGCUACGACAUGGAGGCGCUCGAGUACUCGUACGAGGACACGACGACGUGGCUGUUCGUGCACUUGUCCUACAUCGUGGUGGCGAUCGCCUUUAACAUCAUGAAAGACCCCUUCCGACUGCCGUUCUACACCAACAAAAUCUUCACCACGCUCGUGAUACUGACACUGGGCGUGAACCUUUGGUUCCUGCUGGACACGUCGGGGGUGAUCAACGAU